GCUUUUAUGUUGGUCGGAUUUGAGGGGCAAAGGCAUAAUGUUGCCGGAGUCAGUGAGGGGCGAGUGAUGGGAGGGAGAUGGGAGGGAAUGAGAGGACGAUGGGGUCGGAAGGCGGUGAGAGGCAGGAGAUGCUGCAACUAGCCAGCCAGGCAUUCGAGACGAGGAAUUUCCAACUGGCCGCCGAGAUCUACGAAUGCCAGCUGGAGGCGAUCCGCGGCGUGCAGGCGGAGGAGAGGGAAAGUGAGCUGAGGUUGAACCAUGCCCACUGCCUGGCGCUUGGAGGCCGGCUGGCCGAAGCGGUGGAGCAGUACAAAGUCUUGUCCCAACGGGGCAUUCUCGGACCCCAGAAGCUGGAAGAGCUGGUGGACUGCCUGGCAAAAGGCAUGAGAGACAGCCAGGGCUGGACGGACGGCGAUCAUCCCGCCAGAGGUCUGGUAGGCUGCUCCAAAUGCACCGGCACCCUGUACGAGCCGGUCACCCUGCGCUGCGGCCACACUCAUUGCAAGAACUGCCUGGACAGGGAGAGGGACGGCGGCAGAGCCUCGGCGACUCUGUGUAAACUUUGCAAAGAGAAACUCCCCGUCCCCAGCGCAUCCAGAAUCAACGUGGUUCUCAACAGUUUCUUGAACAAGUACUUCGCUGCAGAAACCCGAGCACUAACUCUGAGGCACGAAGGCAACGUCCUGUACAAGAACGAGAAACCGCAGGCUGCCUUAGAGAAAUAUCAGGAAGCCAUCGCGUUAGCACCCAGAGACCAUUUGCUACUGAGCAACCGUGCACAAAUCAAUGCGAGUAUGAAAUGCUUUGAAGAUGCAUUGCAUGAUGGAAAUGCUGCCUGCAUCCUCCAACCCACCUGGUCCAAAGGUCACCUGAGAAGAGCGCAAGCCCUUGCUGGACUACAGAAACUGGAUCAGGCAUUGAAGGAGUAUAUUAUCUGCAUCGCUUUAGAUUCGGAAAAUAAAAUGGCAAAAUCGGAAGCUCAAAAGAUCCUGAGUGUUUUCCUUUCGCCCAUUGCGAAAAAUAUGCGUCAAUGCUUGCCUGAUAUGAUGCAUCUUUCAUCUCCACGUUCUCCAAUUAAGGGUAUAGUCAACUCUCUCAGCCCCAGCAAUGCAUUAGACAACUUGCGCAAGGAAAAUCUAGAUACAGAUGACAUCUGUGUCAAGAAAGAAUGGAAGGCUCACUCGUAUGGUAAUUUGACCAAGGCAGAUCAAAUGAUGAAUGACAACAAAGAUCCACUGAAGACCUCAACUGCCCAGCCAGCCUUGACGAGAACUAAAGAAAGGACCACACAAAAAAACAAAUAUGACUUUGUUAAAGAUGACAAGGCUGAGAUAACUGAAGAAAACAGCAAAUGCUUCAAGCGAGCUAGAAAACAGAGUCCCAGCAGAGAGGAUGAUGAACAGUCAAACCUUGUGGAUCCAUUUGACCUGGAGUGCUCAUUGUGUAUGAGAUUACUCUAUGAACCCAUCACGACCCCAUGUGGACACACCUUUUGCCUGAAAUGUAUCGAGCGCUGUAUGGACCACAGUCCCAAGUGCCCUCUUUGUAAAGAAAUCCUACCUGAGUAUCAGACACUGAGGAAGUACAGCAAGACCUCUGUUAUAGAAGACCUCAUAGCCCAUUACCUGCCAGAGGUCCUUGCUGAAAGGAAAAGAGUGAACGAUGAUGAGAUGGCAGAAUUAUCAAACCUCAACAAAGCUGUGCCCAUAUUCAUCUGCACCAUGGCAUAUCCCAACGUCCCAUGUCCGCUUCACGUCUUCGAGCCUUGUUACCGAUUGAUGAUCCGGAGAUGCAUGGAAUUUGGCAACAAGCAGUUUGGAAUGUGCAUGAGCGAUCCAGUCAAGGGCUUUGCAGAUUUUGGCUGUAUACUGGAGGUCAGAAAUGCCGAGUUAUUUGCGGAUGGUCGCUCGGUUGUCGACACAAUCGGCAGACGGAGAUUUAAGGUCUUAAGUCACAACGAAAAGGACGGCUACAGUAUAGCGAACGUCGAAUAUCUGGAAGAUGUGAAGGUGACAGGAGAGUCCUACACCGAACUUCUCAGUCUGCACAACCUGGUUUAUGACCAAGCGUUCAAGUGGUUUAGCUCACUGAAGCAGGGACUGAAGUCUAGGAUUCUGAGCCACUUUGGACCAAUACCUCGGAAGGAUUCAGAUAUACAGGAGAGUCCCGAUGGCCCGGGUUGGUGCUGGUGGCUGUUGGCAGUGUUGCCGCUGGAGAACCGGGCCCAGCUUCCUUUCCUGGCCAUGACGUCACUCCAAGACCGCUUGAAUGGAAUCCGGCGGGUGCUGCUGCUCAUGUCUCGUAACUGUCGCCGAUGACUAGCUGCCAGGCAUAGCUCUCGCUCCAUGGCCGUACGGGAUGCCCGGAACUCCCAACGCCACAACGCAAGCAAAAUGCUCCGACGUCCAAGUCUUACUGAAACAAUCCGUGAAAGGAUCCAUGUAGUGGCGGGGGGUGUGCUAUCAGCCCAGUGUGAAGUGUUACUGGUAAUAUAAUGUGGUACUGAAACCUCAGUACAUUCUGCAACUCCUUUUACAGCCUGAAUCCCAAUAAGAUUAACUUAUUUUGAGAGUAUAUAUUUUUGUUAAGUCAUAUGUAUAUUUAUGAAUCGACAAACUUUUUUUUGAUUUUUAUGCUUUCUUAUCUUUUUAGAAUUCAAAUCUGAGCGAUAUGCAAACUAUAAUUUUGUUUGAUUAAUCCUAUAGGACUUGAAGAGGGACUUGUAAUAUUAAUAUCCGGAAUAUGAUACAUUGUGAGGUGCACAUUUACAUGCAAUCUUUCACACUGAAUACAUUUUGAGACGUGUUCCUGCUUAUCACCAAUAAUAUGUUCUGACUUUUUUUCCUCAAUGUUAGGCCAAACAUUACCCCUGGCAGUUCGUUCCAAACACUCACAAUCCUCUACGUUAAAAAAAACUUGCCCCGCACAUCUCUUUUAAACUUUGCCCCUCUCACCUUAAAGCUAUACCCUCUAGUCUUUGACAUUUCCACCCUGAGGAAAAAAAAGUUCUGACUGUCUAUCUAUGCCUCUCAUAAUUUUAUACAUUUCUAACAGGUCCACCCUGACCUCCAGCGUUCCAGGGAAACUAAGUGGAGAAGACUCGAUGGGCUGAAUGGCCUAAUUCUGCUCCUAUGUCUUAUGAUCUUAUGGUCUAAACCUCCUCAGCACCCCUUUCCAAAACCUGCACACCCGUCCUGUAUAGGGGCGACCAGAACAUCAAGCAAUACUCCAAAUAUCCAAUGCUCCUCAGUGAGAUUGGGGCUUGGAACACUGUCACAUAGCCUCCUGUUGCUCGAAACCAUGACAAACACUCUUCACUCUCACAACGUCCCCUCGUUCAAACAUGAAUGGUGAAAAGAUGUACCUGUCUUCCAUGCACAUCAUGACGCCCAGCAUCGGAUAAUGCAAAAAUAGACCAGUUGUCUUGGGAAUGUUUGCUUUUUAUCUACUUGAAAAGACGUUUGCAACUUUUCCGACUUUGGAUUCCCUUUAUAUUAUCAGUAAUAAUCAAUUUAACCCAAUACUUGAGAGCUUCACACCCCUUCCCAAGUGUGUUCUCGAAAAGCCAAAGUAAAAUAUAUUAUUUAUUACCUUUUAUUUUUACUGCAAACUCUGCAUUUGAUGUGUGAAAUAAUGUAACCUGUUUGAUCCAAUUCUAUCCGAAUUGUCCUGUUAUAGAUUAAACAUUUCGACUCAAAAGACUAAAGUGGAUUAGAUAGCCAAAUUCCACCUUUUAAUACACGUUUUGAUUGUAUCGUUUGGUAUAUACGUUGUUUAAAGAAAAAUGCUGCAUAAUAAUUUUGAUGUUUGCGGUUAAGAAAUUUAUUUUGCCUAAACAAGACCUUGAUAGUCAAUGCCUCUAGCCUUAAUAACUGUAUCAAUUCCAUCAAUGACAUUUAGUGAAACUUGCUUGUGUUAAGGUGAAAUUUCAUCUGACUACAAUCUUUCAUGCUUGAAUGUAACAAAUGGCUUCGGUGUAACUACUUUAUGAUGUGAAGUAAUCUUGGGGGUUGUCUAAAAGACAAAGGCUAGGUAUUUGGUGCUGGUCUAUUCUGGUGCAUUCCACAAUUACCAGUUAAGUUUAGAUUAAACAAGCCUAUGUUUCAGAGUGCUGUUGGGAUCAAACCCCAAACUAUCUACUUGUGCACUGUGUUCUGCUAACACUCAGUUUUAGAAUGUAAGCAUUGAGAGGCAAUAGAGAACAACUAGAGCAUAUCGUUUUCCUCCCUCUAUUUAUUGCUUCCAGUUAAGUAUUUUGAGGUGACGGCUGAACAGUGUUUAGCAAGGAGAGUAAUUUCCUCUAUCAUUUCAAAUAACAAUGUGCCUCUUUAAUCUAGAUUUCAAAAUUGUUCAUGUUUAUGUUAGUUUAUCCAUCCUUGUCGGUUGUUUCCUUCAAGUAGUUUGAUAAAAGUUCCAGAUUUACUAUUCACCAUUAUUUUCUAUCCUUUGCAAAAACAAACAAAAAAAAGAUCUGGCAUAAUCCUGAAUUGUAUAUUCUGUUGAUGGUGAGCAAUGGAAGAUGAUCUAAAAAAUAUCCCUUCAUAAAAGCAACGAGAACUUGUUUUCCUGACUUGCAUGAACGACUAUGUUUUUGUGUCAUGUGCAACUCGAUAUUUACAAGCAAAAACUACAAGGAAGUCUAGAAAACAUGGACCCGGCCAAAAAAUAAGUACAAAUGUCUAUGGAAAAGAAUUGUUCACAUUAUAUCUUGGAGUAGGUUGGUUGCAAAAGGAUGCAAAAAUAGAAAUGAUGGAGGUUAUUUGGCCCUUAAUAAAGAUCUAUUCCAGGAUAAAUGAGGAGUUGCAUUGACGCAUGUGUGGGAUACAGGAAAGGACCAUUUGGUACCAUGACCGCUGUUUUAUUAUUCAUUUAGAUUAUGGCUGACUUCUAAUUGGCUCCGUAACCCUCAGCGAUCAAUCAAUUUAUUUUGCAAUUAUUAUUGAUAACCCCUCCGCCAAUACCCCACUCUGCCUCUUCCCAAACUCUCUCUGUCUCUCUCUGUCCCUCUUUCUGUCCGUCUCUCUGUCUGUCUCUCUCUCUCUGUCUCUGUCAGUCUCUCUGUCUGGCUGUCUGUCUCUGUCUGUCUCUCUCUGUGUCUCUCUCUGUCUGUGUCUCUCUCUGUCUGUCUCUCCGUCUCAUCAUCCAGGCUUUUUGCGAGGAAGGGUUCCUGAUUUCUAAUUCACUUUCUGUCAAGAUGCUGCCUCUGUUCCAUACCAUGUCACCAGAAGCAAUAGUUUUGUAUCCCCCUAUUUGCUUUUUGGUCACGUUAGAAAUCUCAAAUAGAUCUCUUGCAGGUUUGUGAGAAUUCAGAUGUUUAGCCUCAGUAGGAUUUAAAUGAGUCAAUUUUGUUUUCGUAUCCGCAUAUCUGCAAGGAAAUUUCCAUGUGAUAUAGACAUUGAGCCAUCCUGGUAUAGAAUUUUGCCAGUUAACCAUAUUCAUAGUGCCUUGUUUUGUAAAUACUACUUUUAACAUGGUUAAACAUUCUUGGUUGUUUUAUAGCAUACUGCACAAAACUUACCACCAAGACACACAUGGUGAUAUUGAGACAGAUGAUCAAACAUUGAUCAGGAUUGUGGAUUAGUAAAGAGAAAGAGAGAAGGUGGUAGAAAGAUUUAGAGAUGAAAUACCAGAGAGACAGACAGAGAGAUUUGAACAGGUAAUAUCUUGUAUAUUUCUAAAACAUUCCAUUCCAGAAUGCUUCAAGUUCAUAGAAUAGGAAAAUGCCAAAUGGCAUGUUAAAUCCUUCCCGUUUCUAUUCUUCAGUCUCCUUCCAACUACCCCCGCCCCCCUCACUCCAUCCUCAUUAUCCCCUGUCCUAUAAAUCUUACAUCAAGUGGCCCAUCCAAUCUCCUUUUGAAAGAUCUGCUACAGCCUGUUUCCUCCACCUAUCCAGGUAGUUGAGUUUCAGAUCAUCCCCCUACUCUGCACAUAACAGAUAUACUUUCCCUCACAUCUACACUUUAUUCUUUUGCCUUGCAUCUCAAUUUGUUUUCAGGCUUCCUUGUGUCAAGAGGCUGGGAAUACUGCCAUGAUUCAUUUCUGAGCAAGGUUUUCCUUAAUACCUUCACGUUGGAUGUUGGUACCAAGGAAGAUUGAGCAGAGGUGGGUAAAUUGUAUUGAUCUCUUUGGAUGGUGGCUGAGCCUCGAAUGGCUGGAUAACCUCCUCCACUUCCUGAUGUUCCUUAUUAUUUCUCUGACAAGUAGGAACCAAAAGAGUAGCUGCAUCCUGAAAGUUCCGUGACACGAUGUUUCCUCUAGAUUUGUAGAGGCUUAUGUAAUAAAUGUAGAACUAUUCAUGUGAAACUAAAGCUGUUUUGUGUCGUUAUGCCCACUGUUGUCUUGGUGACUUGUCCAAUGUUCUCAGCGAUGUUUCUGGUUUGCAUUUUAAUGGAGAUACUCGUGAAGUAAAUAUUUUAAUCAACAAAGAUUUGGAAGUGCAAUUAAAAUGUAAGUGUUUGUGAUGAUUACAGUUAACACAACCAUGCUGUUAAAUAAAACUGUUUAACCUGUGA